CGACAAUCGUUAAUUAAGCUUUUAACGAUAUCAAAGAAUUUUAGUAUUAUCAAACCCGUUGCAAGCUCGUUAAAAUGGCGCAAAAAGCUCAGGACGAAAAGGAGCAGAACUAUUGGCGCUCGUCGCUGAGGGUGAUGAAGGCUCGCUUCGACACUCAGCUGAACGAAAACGCCUUCGAGGACGAGCGCGACAAGACGAUUUAUCACGGCUUGAAGCUCAGCGUCACUACGGUACUUCACGACCACUUUGUCAGCGUCAUCUUCCAACCGGACAGUCAGGAGUACCUGCUGCUGCACCAAGGCGUCCAAGUCAAGCGCUACUCGAUGCAGGGCAAGGAGCUGCGACCGGCCGUGAAGCUGCAGGAGGCGGCGACUUUCAGCCAGAUGCGCUGGCUGCCGAGCUUCGAGUGCUACGUCUGCCACGAGCCGGCGGUGGCCAAUAUCUGGAUCGUGCGACGCGACCUCAGCAUCCUGCACAACAUGCCCUGCGACUUUCGCACCAAGGCCCUCUACUACGACGCCGACGAGAUGGCUCUACGGGCCGUCGGCUCGCGCGAGACGAUCGUACGUUCGUGUGCAUUUUUUACUUCACGCGAUGAUUUUGCUUUUGUUGCUUUUGGCACGAAAUACCUCAUCGACGACAAAGAAUUGGAAUUGAAAGCGACAAAGCCGCUGAGGUACUGCGACCCUGAAGUCGGACCGACCUGGCAGCUCGAGUGCACCACCUUCGUGCCGGCAUCCGAUACUCAACGUUCAUCGUCGCCGGCCUUUUGUUCGUCUUAUUCAUUCUCCAUAAGAUUAUGCGUUGAUGCAGAUAAUUUGCCGCUGCUGAUCUCGUCGUGUUCGACUACGGUCUACGUAUUUCCGUUGGAAAUUACCGACGAUAUGGAAUUCGACGGCGACAUCGAGUGCAUGAAAAAGCUACCGAACGCGUCCAAGUACGCGAUAACUGCCCUCUUUUACCAUCCGACCAGCAAAUGGAUCGUGAUCGGCGAUCAGCAAGGCAACGUGAGCUGUUGGACGCUCGAUAUGGAAUGCCUGUUGAGCUACGAAGGCGCCCACAACGAUCGCAUCAUCUUCAUCGAGCGACACCCAUCGAUGUGUGGCUUCCUGACCUACGCUCACACGGGACGCUUCAACGGCAAACUCCAAGUCUGGAGCUGCAAUUUCCGUCGACCGCUCGAGUGCUUUACCGAUUUUGGACAAAUAAGCUGGGUGGCGAUCAACGAGACAGCCUCGACCGCCGUCAUCCUCGGCAAUAAACUCUAUUACUUGAUCAUGCGACAGGCUUAUGACUUUUUUGCCCCUCUUUCGGCAAAAGCAAAAAGUCUUUUCUCGACGCAGAGUCCGAUGCAUUCGACGAAAUUGAUUGCCUGCAGCACGGACAAUACCGCGAGGAUAUUUUCCCCGCAAGGCAAGCAAUUAACUGUGCAGCUUUUACCUGAAGAUGGCUUCAACGUCGUUUCGGCUGCUUACAGUGGAAACAAUAAUCACCUUUAUACGAUAAUCUUAAAAAGCGGCGAAAUUCUCGUUAGUGACGUCGACGUUUGUCCCAUGAAAUUCAAAAAAGUUUUUGUCAAUGAUGGACCUCGAAUAACUUGUAUCGCGGUUUACGAGCAUUUCGACUCCGUUUUCGAUGAUCCGAAUCGAAUGAUAGGCCGAAGAAUUUAUUAUCCAAUCAACGUUAAAAUAAUUGCUGGCUCCGAGGAUGGUGGCAUUGCGAGUAUCAGUGCGUGCGGCAAACACGAGUGCUUCAUUCACGCACAUACUGGACCUGUCGUGCAGCUAAACGUGACAUCGUCGAGUAGAAUGCUGGUCUCGUUGGGUCGUGAAAAUUCCAUCAAAGUCUGGCGAAUUUUCUCGGACUUGGAUGAGCCAUUGGUUCAGUUUUACUCGCUGGACUUUGUCACCCCGAUUGCGCGAGUCGCUCUCAUGAGAUCGAAUUUGUGCAUAGCUGCAAGCUCCAGAACCGCCAAAGUCCAUGAAGUAAUUAUGCACGAUAUGGAAAAAAGAGUUCAUUUGGAACAUGCGACUCAGAGAGAUCACACCGGCUUCAUAUUGGAUAUGUCGAUUUGCGAGCCGGUCGAUAUUUGCGCAACAUCGUCUCUCGACAAUACUAUUCGUAUAUGGGAUCACCGAAAUACCUUGCUAAAAGUUCUGUUGAUCAACACUUACGCCUCUAUUAUAUCGUUUUCGUCGGUGAAAGGAGACAUUGUCUUUGGAGCAGGUCGACAUUUGUACACUAUUCCGCACAAAAAGUGUUGGUUUUUGCUUUUAAUUUUCACAAAUUUAUCGCCCAAAUGCCUAUCGAAAGUUCUUCGUCGCGAAUUAAACGACGGAGAUAUCGAGGACACCUACGAAGAAAAUACUGAGUAUAGAGUGUUUGAUAAGGAAAUCGACAGGAAAUUAUUGCUUUAUCCGUUUGUAACUACUCCAUUGCUUUGCUUGGAUAAAAAUGACAACGAGCUUCCGUCUGUUGAGGUUUUGAUUGUAAAACAAAUCUGUGCUCUGUAUGCGAAUAGAGAUAGAGACAUAAACGAUGUAAAACAUUUUGCAUUGGAGCCGACGAAAUUUGUUUCUGAUCGAGCAUUGAUGGAACAAGAGGUCUGGGAUAGAUAUGUCAAAAGUUUGCUCGGUAGUUUGGAUCGUCCUCUUCCUCCAGUACCCAAGCAUAAUUUCAAGGAAAUAGUGGAGAAAAACCGAAAAGAGAAGAAAGAUUUUAAUGAAAAGGGAUUGUUUCAAAUGCUUUACGGUUACAGCUUUGACGAACUUGAAGAAACAGAGCGAGACGUGAAAGAGUUUGUGCAAGGAACGACUCUUCGACUCAACUGCUUUUUACCUAAUUCCGUUAUUUACAGACCAAAACGAGAAUAUAAGCCUAAAACUCCUUCUGUGCAUACUGCCGUAGAGCCAAUCAAAUACCAGUAUCCUUCUGAAUUUUAUCCCCAAGAGGAAGAAGAAGAGGAGGCUGAACUUGAUAAAAGAGAAUCUAUUAGGCUUUCGCAACUCAUGGUCAAUACUGAAGCACAAACUGAAAAUUAG